AAGGAAAAAAAAUCCCCAAAACCCUACACGGCCUCGCAGGCUCGCAGCCCACCCGCCCGACCGACGCCGACACCCCUCGCCGGCGGCGCACUUCCCGCGGCCGCUCACCCACGGGGGCUUACUCGCUCUCUUCGCGGCGUCUCGUGCAGGGCUUGGUUCCCGAUUUGCUCGCAUGGGCAAAUCCAAAGACAAGAAGGUUUCGCGGGAAGCGAAGGUUGAUAAGAAAUUGGCGCUUGGGCUUGGAGUGAAGAGAAAGCAGCUGAAGAAGAAGAAGGACAGAGUUUUAGAUGGCGCUGUCGAACGUGAGGGCGUCGCUGAACGUAGUGUCGUGAAAGAUAAAAAAUUGGUUGGAAGCAAGAAAAUUGUACUGAAGGAAAAGAAGAAAACUAAGCAUGUCAAAGUAACAAGCCGUCAUACCAAGACCAACGAUCUGGUAUCUGUCAAUAAGGACGAGGCAACACCUAAGCUAAAGAAGAAGAACAAGAAACAGCAACUAAAUGAAAGCCACAGUCCUGUUGAGGUACAAACUAGUCCGCUUGACAGUAAUGAUGCUGGAGCACUUAAGCCAAAGAAGAAGAAAAAGAAGGUGAGGGAAGGGAAGGGCUUGGUGGAGCCUAACGAUGCAGAAGAUAUCCUGCAUGAAAAUCAAGAAAUUCUUGCCGCUGAUGUCAACCAACUUGCAGGUGAAACGGAAGUUAUGGAUAUUGGGGAGCCUGAAAAUGCAAAGAGGGGAAAGAAAAAUAAGACAAAGAAAGUGAAGCGAUCUGGGAAAGUCAACAGGACAGAUAGGCAUGCAUCAACUACAGAGAACAAUUUGGAGAGGAAUGUUGAAGUUGAUGUUGCAGACGUUGAUGAGAUUCCAUCAGUGAAUGAAGACUUUUCUAGGGGAAUGAAUAAAUGGAUCUUGGAGUACAGACAGAAGCGACCAGGCUUGAAAGUUUUGCAGCAAAGGAUAGAUGAGUUUAUAACUUUGCAUGAGGAACAACAAGAGAAGGAGAAGAAGGAAAAAGAGGAAGCAGCUGCAAAAGAUGGGUGGACAGUUGUGGUUCAUCAUAAGGGUAGGAAAAAGACCACAGAGGCUGAAACUGGAACAGCGGUUGGCUCUGUAUCUCUGGCUUCAAUGCAAGAGAAAUUUUCUAAAAAGAAACCUAAGGAAGUUGGUCAAAACUUCUAUAGGUUUCAGAAACGAGAAGCUCAAAUGACUGAACUGGCGAUGCUGCAGAGCAAGUUUGAGCAGGACAAGAAAAGGAUACAGCAGCUACGGGCCCAAAGGAAAUUCAAGCCGUACUGAUGGGGGUUACUCCACGGAGAUGCAGUAUUCAUUCCACAUUGUUCAAGAGCUGCCAUUGGCACCAAAAAGCUGGUUGCUGCGUUGAUCGUACACUGCGUUCCUUUUGACAGAAAAAAUGUUACAUUGGUGGACAAUCUUUAGGGUGCAUGCUUCUUAAUUGAAAACAAUUUCAGUUCGUCACAUCUGCCGUGUAAUCUUAUUUGCUGAAAUCGUGCCAUUUUUGUGGGUCAUUUUUACUUUA